AUGGAGGCCGCCUCCAGUGCAGAAGCCCUGCAGGAGCUUCAGCAGCACCUGUGCACGGAGACAGAGCCAAGCAAGCUCUACCAAACCCUCCAGAAACUCUCUUCCCUGCCCAAGCUCCGUGACACCCUGGCAGAGAUGAACUUCCAGCACACCAUGGAGCUCUUGAGGAAAGAGCAGCUCCUGGUCCCCUUUGCCAAGGACUUGGCCGCCAUUUGGUCAGAGAGGUCCCAGUAUGGGCCCCAUCCUGAGCCAGACCGAGGGGACUUUGCCUUCGCGUUGAGCCUGAUAACAUUGCGGCCCAGAAACUGUCCAGAAGACAAGCCCCGAGAGUCCGCACCAAGGGAACACAGACGAGAUGGGACAGAGGUCUUCCAGAGCCUGAGCCUGAGCCUGAGCCCGAGCCCGAGCCCGAGCCCGAGCCCGAGACUUGGAGAGAGCCUAAGCCCACACUCAAGCCUCCAGGAAAGGGUGACUAGCAGUCCAAGGCCGGAGCCAAGAGGAAGCAAGAGGCCAAGAGUGUCUUUAGGGGACCCAGAGCUAGCUGCACAGAACCAGGUGCCUGUGGCAAAGCCCCAGGGAAGUACAGAGGAGCCCUGGCGGCUCCCAGCAGCCAAGGCCAUCUCCAGCGAGUCAGGUGCUAGGAGAAAGAUUCCAGGCCACUGGAUGGAGGAAGGGCCCCCAGCUGAUCCUUUGGAGGCCUGCCUCAACUCUGACAGCUCUCCUCCUUCCUCUGCUCUGCAGCUGCAGCUGCAGCUGACUGGGUGCAAGAGGAGGGGAAAAAGCACCCGGAAAGCUGAGGCCCUUAGCUCUGGAGCAAAGGUGCCCCGGGGCAAGUCAGAUAUUUGCCAAGAUCAAAAUGGCCAUGGAGUCGAUGGGUGUCCCCUUGCAGAACAUGCCUUAAGUCUCCAAGCAGGCAUCCCGCCGAGUGGCCAGGAACAGACUUCAAUUGACACUGAAGCAGAAGACCCACCUUGGACAUGCAGAAAGAACUUCAAAACGCCUGUCUAUUCAGGUCCUACACGUGACAGGAUCCUGCAGAAAUCCCAGAAAGGGUGCCUUCCUAAGCCCCUUGACUCCCGCUUGCCAAAAGGAUGUCAAGGCACAGCUGAACAAACUGAGCCCUGGCAGCUGAAGGCCAGUCCCAAGACACACAUUGGCAAGCCAACUCACAGCCAGACUGAGAGGGCCACAAUCUUUCAGCUGCAGGAGCCCCCUGAGCUGAGGCUGCAAGCCCUGAGAGCCCGCCUCCAAGACGCGCAAGCCAAGAAGCCUGGAGGCCGCCAAACCAAGAUGGUGGCCUUCCAGGUUCAAGCCCCAAGCCCAGGCCAGCAGGCAGAGUCUGGAGCCAGAGGGGCGGCCUCCUCCCAAAUGAGCAGGCACCAGGAGGCCUCUGCCCAAGGCCCGCCACGGAGGGCUCCCUGCCUUUUGCCUCUGCCGCCCACCAGCAACAAGCCCCAGCCUAAGAAGAGACCUGCCCCGCUCAUGACCAAGGCCCUCAGGGAUUACAAGAAGAAGCUCUCUAGGGGGUGA